GUUUGCAGGAGCCACCAAACGAGCUCGGCCAAUGAUCGUCGUAGUUGUUGCUAUAACAAAGACAUGAUCAGUCGCUUUCCUCGAGUCACAAGUUUCAACGAUCUCGAUGAUGUCGUGUUCUUCUUCAUCUUGAUGAGAGUGACGAGAAAUAUCUGCCAUGUGACUGCCAUCAUUGAUGUACCCAUGUCAUCAUGAACAUCGUUCGGAAUCAUACUUAAUCUUAAGCCAGUGCAUCAGUUUUGCGUGAGAGACAUUUCGGACGUACGUCCCUCAGAAGAAGAAUGGCGACUACAUCAACAAGUAGAGCACAAAUAUUCAUACAUCAGUUGAGAGAACACAUUUUGACGUGACCAGCAUAGACCCAUACACCUUUAGUUGCCCGACAAGCUCUAGCCUUCACACCAGACCCCCUUCUUGUUCUUGACAUCGUGACAUAGUAUGUAAUUUCUUGUUCUGAAUAAAUUUCUUGUUCUGUUACGUUUGAUGGCGUAUCUUGCCUAUACGCUCACUCCUUCAUAAGUGAGCCUACUCCUAUCCUAUCCUAAUAAAGCGCAGUGUCGGGGGUACGUAUAUGUUUUACAAGUUUCGUCGUGGACUUUUCGUCUAAUGCAUUCAUCCUGUUGCGAAGUCGAAUUCUCGACAAAGAUAACUAUUGCUCAAACCUCUUCUUGAUCUGAGAUUCGUUUAGACUUUCGAAAAAGUUGGUGCGAUUGUUUGUGGUGAGUAGAAUUAAUAGUAAAUAGCAAGUCCAAAGUGUUUAUUCUCAUAAUUUUUCAUUGUAGUAUUCUCGUCCUGCCUCAGCAUCAUCAGUCAAUCAGUCAAUCAAGCAAAAUCUGAUUGAGUUCGUAUUUGCAAAGUAUCUCUCGGCUACCCGUAAAGUCCCACUUGUCAAGGCGUUUCUUGUUCAACAAGGAAGUAUCAUUUUCUCAGGAUGCUGGGCGCGGGCUUCAGUCAGAAGACCCUGACCGACAACUGGUACGAGGACCGGCUGCACCCAAAGAGCAGUGAUUCAGAGCUGGAGAAGGUAAUCCGAAGUGAUGACGACGUGAAUUAUGGUCAGCUUUUAUCCAUCUUCCUCGGCAUCUUGGUACCCUUUUGUUUCCCAUGAAAUACAAGGGAGGCGGAGGGGCCGAGAUGAGGGGACCGAGAUGAAUACAAGCUGGCUCUAAGUAAAGGCGGGUCGACAGAUAAGGUGGAAGAAGCCACCGACAGGAGCCAUUGCAGAUGACGGCUUUGAAAGAUACGAUAUCAGUGUCACGCACGAAAAAUUCGUGGACCCGAGCACAAUACCAAGUGUACACAUAAUUCUUUUUGUAAGUAUUUAUUUUCAGGUCGAUGGCUGUACUUCAUUCAUUAACUACACCAGGGUUAGUAAUGACUGUACUUCAUUUCAUUUCAUCAGGUCGAUCCAAGUAAAGUACCUGUAUGAUACAACUCUUACUUACAGGCUAUCUUCAACAAUGCCGGGACACCGCAUUUUAUCACAUCCGAAACCGUAGCAGAAGUUUGCUAUGAGAAGCGACGACCGCUCAACGACGUGCCACAAAGAGGCUUCAGAUGUAGAUGAAUCAACCAUACAUAGUGUUAUUUUUGACUUACCACGUGAAAGUGGAUGAAAGAAUGUACUACUAAAUACAACUGUGUUGCUCUUUUGUGAAGUGAAGUGAAGUGAAGUGAAGUGAAGAUAAUCUAAUCAUAAUCUGUUUUUAGCAAUUCUGAGUAAAUGGCCAAUCCACCUUUCUGUCAACAAGAGUUAAUAAUCCUCUAGAAGUUGGUUAGAAUUUCGCUUUCGAUCGCAGGAGUAAUCGUUUCGUCUUGGCGGUAGUCAAGAAUGAUUGCUUGCGACGCGUUGAUAAUGAUGCUUUCGCGGCUCUGUUACCGUCACAUACUUAUUUACUCUACUCAAUGUACUAUCGCAGGCAUCGUCGACAGACAUCCUCUGUUACUGUCACAUACUCACUCUACUUCAUGUAUUGCAGGCAUCGUCGAUAGACAUCCUCCGGGUUACAGAGACGUAUCAUGGCACACAGCAUUUACGGAGGCACACGAAACGUUGAACGACCCAGCGACAUUUGCGAAGAGAAAAUCAGAGCUCCGAGGGAAACCUGCAGGUGGGUUGUAGCUGCUAGGAACUGAAAAUAUCACCUUCAGCCUCUUCUGCUAUAAUUUGUGACUGUGUACUUCUACUAGUGAUCAAAUAAAUCUGAGUUUUUUUCAAACACCACGACAUUUCUCCCUGAUGUAUUGCCUACAGGCGUGCCGUCUUUCCGAGACCUCCAACCACCAGCACAGGCCUUAGUAGGUGAAAAUGCAGAGCUCUGCGACAUUCCUACACAGCGAGCGUGGAUGAAUCAAGAUGAUCCAGGGCUGCGAGAAUAUACAAAGUACUUGCAAUUCUAUAUAAUAGUUAUUUGAUCUCGUAACAAUCAAAUUUGCAAAGAUCCUGAAUCAAAUCUAUAGGCAAGGAACUCCUAACUCUUUUAAUAAGCUAGCGCUGGUGAUUCAGCUUGCAAAGCUUAGGAAUUGAGUGAUCGGGUUGACAUCCGGGCCUUCCCCUGUCUUUUCAGCCUGGUAGCACUUAGUGUGCGCCAUUCUUCACAAACCCGCACAAUCUGCUUAAAGUUCCUCAUCUCGUUAACAAAUGCGAUCCACUCCUUCGUCUGUUACCAUGGAAAGAUCCUGGAAACGUGAAAUGGAUGAUGAGCGUCUUGUUGUGGAUCUUAAUUGAAUUGAGGAACUUUGCAUCUCUUUCUCGAGUUAGUGUCUGCUGUAGGUCCCGGCAUCGUCUUCAAGAAGAUUCCUUGGUUCCCUUUACUGCAGCCUUACCGACUUGUGAUCUCCAAACUUAUAUCAAGACCAAACUCAUUCUGAGAUCUCAUAUGCAUGUAGUUCGUUCGGAUCUAAUCCACUGUAACCAUGGUUGUAAGUUGGAACAAAAAACUGAGAAGGUAGCGGCCGGAUCCGCGAACGACAAAGUUUACUGUGUUCUUGGCAGAAGGUGAACUGUUGAGAGAUCAAAGAAUGUUAUCAUGGCUGGCUUGGGUUUGGAGAUAAUAGUUAUUUGAUCUCGUAACAAUCAAAUUUGCAAAGAUCCUGAAUCAAAUCUAUAGGCAAGGAACUCCUAACUCUUUUAAUAAGCUAGCGCUGGUGAUUCAGCUUGCAAAUUUUUCCCUCCCUCCCCCCAAGUAGUAGUAGUAAGACGGAAUGCCGGGCCGUUGGGAGCGAAUGCAGUCACAAGAAGCACUCGCAUGGGCAAGAAAGCCACCCAAAACCUCACUCAAACAACAACUGGAGCAAAUAAAGAGGCCGCCGAGUGCCCCUGCUAAUAACAUUGUAGAAGCUCAACAAAAUUUAGAUGUGCAAGUUGUAGAUAACCUGCCCGAACUUCCUGAGGUGAACUGUUGAGAGAUCAAAGAGUGUUAUCAUGGCUGGCUUGGGUUUGGAGAUAAUGAGAAUUCAUAAUGAUGAUGAUCAUGUUUAGCGAGUCGUCUGUAUACAAUGGAGCGUCUUGCGGCAAAAAAAUCACGGCAAUCACGAUGUGUCUGCAUUAUAACCGAGUACAACCCACCUGAAUCCUGAUGAAAGUAAGUCUAGCUCUAAUUCAUGAUACAUUGAGGGCGAAAGGCCCAGGUGUUGUCAUAGAGCGGUAGAUUAUUCUGCUAGUAGGUCAGCCGUUCAGACUAGCCUACUAGCGGCAUCAAUUCGCACGAAGGUGAAGACAUUCAUAUUUAUGAGUGCUUGAGUCUGAGUGUGAAAGUGGCGAGGACAUGCGCGCGAGAUGCCGCCGGAAGGCGAGUGCGAACGGACUACCGAAGAAGGGAGGGAGGGAGAGGGCUUGAAAAUAUUGCGUACGAGUAUAGAGUAAAUGAGUACGAGUACAGACAGAAGAAGAAUUCGAAUACGCGAUCGCUGGACUCGAAUACAGAAACCGACUCGAGAACCACGCACGAUUGUGCAUGCUGCGUGUAGGAUGCGCAGCCCCCAAUGAUUCGAAUACUCGAGUAGACCAAUGCCAACAAAACAACCUUCCGCCUAAAUUUGUUAUAAAUAGCGAACCCCUGCGCUGUUCUAGCAUAACGAAAAUUGUGCUUAUGCUGCAGCGGUUUCUCAUGAUCGUCACGAAUUCCAGGUCCAAGGGAGCUGCGCACAAGUUGCCAGAGAAAGACAAUGAGCUGUCUCUACCACUAGGAGAAGGAUGUCAGCGCAAAAUUAUGGAAGCCAUAGCUGCGCGAGGAGGCAAAGCGUACUACUGCUACUGCUUGGAACCACAGCUUCAUGGAUUCUUGAUAAGCGAAUUUUUCCUCACUUUUUCUUCGCCCACACGAAUAUCGCUGUUAGUUUGCUUUUCUUUUACAACAAAAACUAACAAAGCUUCCGGACGAAGACCUGCAUUACCGUUGGCAAAAGCGGGAAAGAUCAAGUUUCGGUAUGGGACGACUACCCGAACUAGGCGAUGAAUUAUAGGCAAUCUCAUGCUGACGAUCGUCUUCUACUAGUGUGGUCCUUAGUGGUGAUGUCGCUGUUGGACCAGCCGAAAUUAACCGCUUCCUAACGAAGCAUGAUGAGUAAUGUUGAGACCUCUAUCAAGUUCAAGUUUUCGUAUCGAUACCGAUCUAAUUAUCCAGUUGAAAACACGUUGCAGAAACAGAGCACGAUCGUCUAGGUUGAAAAUCAUUUCUAUUGCGCUAUUUUGGACGAUAAAAAGUGAGAACCUCGUAGUACCGGUUCUUAAGCACAGAGUAUUUAGAAUUAUACUAUAUAACUAAUCUAUUACUGUCUCAGCGUCGCACAUCAGAUUGAAAAGUAAGACACCGCUGAGUCAGUAAUUCCAAUUUGCGUAAAAAAUCGCAAAAAAUGAGUCAGUGUCAGCCGUCCUGGCAGAAUAAGAAACUUUAUCCAUGUAACGAUAACGAUAGCCACGCGCGCGAGACAUAAUAACGCCCACUGUACAUAUGGACUCCCUUACUUAGGGCCUGCCCCAGAAUGUUAUAAUAUAUAUACAUAGACGAGUAUGAUACUCUGACGAAAAUGAAAUCUAACCGAGAGAGCUUCCCGCAAGUGAAGAUGGUGACGUAUGAAAAGGGAACUACUCUUCAUACUUUUAUGAAACAAGAAGUGAAAAGUUUGGAUAUAAGAUAGCAGAGCCGAGCCUGUCUGGGGACAAGAAGCCCAGCAGCCUCCGUAACACCAUUCAUUGUUGACUCGUUCAAGUAACUACGCGAAUUGAAGGUUACGACCUUGACACAUUCAAUAGGCUGGUCCUGAGGAUGGACAAAUUGUAUUUGACAGCUAGCAGCGGAAAAGAGUAAAG